GGAGCUCUGGAGCCAAUCUGCUUGGCUUGAGGAGUGAUCAUUAUUCCGGCUCCUGCCUGGGGCUCCUGCUUUCGCUCAGCCCUCUGUGCUGACUCAGUGCCUUAGUCUGCUCGCUCGCCGCCCCUUCCUUCCUUCUCUCUCUCUCUCUUUCUCUCUCUCUCUCUCUCGCUCUCUCCUCUGCCGUCGCCGGACCGACCUCUCUCUCUGCCUUCGCCCCUCGGAGCAGCAUCCGCACCCCACACCCGACCAUGGCGAAAACUGCGAUGGCCUACAAGGAGAAGAUGAAGGAACUCUCUAUGCUGUCUUUGAUCUGUUCCUGUUUUUACCCGGAACCGCGCAACCUGAACAUAUGCACAUAUGAUGAUAUGGAAGUUAAACAGAUCAACAAACGUGCCUCUGGCCAAGCUUUUGAACUGAUCUUAAAGCCACCUUCUCCAGUCUCUGAAGCACCACGAACCUUAGCCUCUCCAAAGAAGAAAGAUCUGUCCCUCGAUGAGAUCCAGAAAAAGCUGGAAGCUGCAGAGGAGAGGAGAAAGUCCCAGGAGGCCCAGGUGCUGAAACAACUGGCAGAAAAGAGAGAACAUGAACGAGAAGUUCUUCAGAAGGCUCUGGAGGAGAACAACAACUUCAGCAAAAUGGCAGAGGAAAAACUGGUAAUGAAAAUGGAACAGAUCAAAGAAAACCGUGAAGCUAACCUUGCUGCCCUUGUUGAACGUCUUCAGGAGAAGGAGAGGCACGCUGCAGAGGUCCGUCGAAACAAGGAGCUCCAGGUGGAACUGUCUGGCUGAGCCCAGCAGCAGAGAGAGUGGGAUCAGUUCCCAUCAUCCCCCAAACUCCUCUGCUUAUAUUAUUACAGAUCAUGAGAUACUAGUAUGGGAAAUGUAUGACAUGGUUUAAAAAAAAUGAAUCAAUAAAAACAAAACAAAAAAAUUAAAACAAUGCAGACUUUGCAGAAUGAUUUGCUUGAUGUUUAAAAAAUAAAACUUGGAUCUUAUUUUGUAAAUACUUACAUUUUUGUUAAAAAAUACAAGUAUUGCAUUAUGCAAGUUAUUUCAUAAUCUUUACAUGUCCUGUAACAGGCUUUUGAUGUUGUCUUUCUUUCCGUUCAGUUGAAUUUGUUAGAACUUUGCUAUGAAGUUCCCUGCAGCAAAAAUCCAAACUGAGCGAUAUUCAUUCCAGCUGAACAACCAAGUCAGUAAGAAGGUCUAUGGUGCUAAAGUCCAGUCAUUGCCUAAUGUCCUAGAAAGCUUUGCAAAUCAAUAUAAUGCUUCCUUUCGAUAACAAGCAAAUGUAUAGGCAUUGUGGCUUGACACUGGUCUUGGAAAUACAGCCUUAGAACAUUAAGCAAUCAUAAUUUUGAGAUAGCCGUGGUUCUAUACUUUACCAAAAGAAAAGGUGCAUUGCACUUUUGCUAUGUGUCUCUACAAAAGUCCCACUGAGUUAAAUGGAAUUUACACCUGGGUAUUCAUGCAGAGGAGGGCUAUUUAUUGAUGUCUUCCUUGCUGAACCCAGAGGGACUUAUAUCUCAAUAAAUACACCUAGCAUUGCAAAUGGUAUUCACGGUAAGCAUUUCUUCUAUCUACAAAAGGAAAAAAAUGUUUCUGUCUUUCAAAACAAAUGCCAUUGACAAAAAAAAAGUAAACAGUAGCAAUUUCGGAUUUUCUUUCUUUCUCACAUGAAAUCAAGAAUGAGCCAUUCUAUCUGGGCCAAAAUAGAUACUACUUUUAAAACAUUUCUGUUCCCAAAUGACUCGGGUUUGCCAGUUUAAAAUUCACUGCUUGAGAAAUUCUUUAAUUCAAGUCAAGGAGCUGAUAGGUAUAGAUAGUGUGACCUGUUCUGUUUAUCUUAGGCCAUAGUCCUGUCUGCAGUGGCUGAAAUCGGUGGGGACCAAGAGGUGGAUCUUUGCGGGUAGGCUUCCAGCCUUAAGCUGCUCUGUUUUAAUAUGGUGUAUGAUGCUGUGUGUAGUAUUUUUCAUCGGGACUCAAUCAGCUGGUUGUAAUCCUGCUGACCUCUCCAGUGUUCGUCUGUUCUGCCUGGUUUUUAAAAGAUGCCUAGAGUGAGGAGGACAGGAAAGCAGCAGGGGUGACUAGCCAGGGUGCUUGUGCCAAGUCCAGUCUCGCCAAAAUCAACACUUAUAUUCGCCCCCAAAUUGCUGCCAGUCAGAAGUUGUCUUGAACCCCUCUGGAAAUUGCUGCCUGCAUAUUCUACUCUUCAUUAGUGCUACUUUUCUGUAUGUCAUUGUGAGCAAGCUGUGAUUAAUAAAGAAUUGGGGUUCUGUGAACUGAAAAAAA